UCAGAACAUAACCAAACUAAAACUCUCUUACUACAGGGAAAACGUAGAACUCCAAACGAAGUCGUAUAAUAUCCUAACUAACGGUUUUCGAUCGUUUGAAUUUCCGUGAGACCCAACGUUUUCAGUAACUCCGAUGGGCCAAGGCCAUGAACCCCCGGAAUCCCCACCUGCCGCGCCACCGUUACUCCGCCGCAUCCACGACCUGGACAACGCCGUCUCCUUCUUCAUCCACACUCUCACACGCCCCAUCGCUCCAAAACCCCUUCUCCGAUUCCUAGAGCUUUUGGCGGACUUCCGAUUCUUCUUCCCAGUCUCCCUCGCUCUCUUCCUCGCCGCCCCCUCCUCCUCCCCUCUCCGCUCCAGCCUACUCCUUCCUCUUCUCCUGUGCUCCCUUAUUGACCUCCUUUUCAUCGCCCUCAUCAAAUUCCUCGUCCGCCGAUCCCGCCCCUCCUACGCCAACCACUCCCAAUACAACGCCGUCGUCUCCGUCGAUAACUUCUCCUUCCCUAGCGGUCACUCUUCCAGGGUCUGCUUCGUCGCUUCCGUCGUCUCCCUCUCCCGCCCCUCGCUCCUCGCCGAUCUCCACCAUCCGCGAGUGGCCUUCCUCGUGAAUCGCUGGUUCGGGGGAGACCAGGCCCUCGCCGUUGAUAUUCUCAUCGCGGCCGUCUGGGCUUGGGCCGUGACCACUGUAAUUUCUCGCGUCGCUCUCGGGAGGCAUUACGUUAUCGAUGUCUUCUUUGGCGCGUGCUUCGGAGUCCUCGAAGCGUUCUUCACCUUCCGCCUUCUCGAAUUCCGAGGAUUGCUUUGAGGUUCUGAUGGAGCAAUUCGAACUUAUGCUGCCUGAGGAUAAGCGUUCUUAAUUGGUUUCUAACAGAUAAUGAAGUCGUGAUUGGUUUAAGUACAUUGGCAUCUUGCUCCUUACCAGAUAAUUUUGGAGACCUUUAUUACUUUAGUUUGAUUCAACUCUAAUUCAAAUUUGUUAAAAUUGCUUGGGAGUUGCAUUCCUGUCCGUAAUUUAUUCCUUGGCAUUUAAGUCUCUCUGCAGGCGUAUAAACAAUAAAUGUAGGCAUGUGAUAAUACAUGGUACAGCAGACCUUUACAUCAUUUAUUUGCAGCCUUUUGUCUUAUGUUCUAUCCAGAACUAUAUCACACAUCGAAUUUGCUACUGCUGUCAGAUGUUUCUAAUUUUUGCAGAGAUACUGAUGCAAAGACAGACUGUUCUGUAUCGUUUGGAGACUUGAAAUGAGUUAUCUUUUCUGACAAUUGCUGCCAGAAUAUGAAGUUGGCUUAUGUCUAGUCUAUCUCCGAUUCCCACUUUGCCCGUUCAGGUGGAUUGAACAUUAGUGUUUGAAAUGUGGAGUAGUAAUUAUCAUGAAACAUUAUAAGUUUGAGAAAAGAAAGGUCUUUUAGGAUUUGGUUUGAGGGACCGUGUGCUUGUCUGAUGUGUAUGGAAAUUUUGACGAUUAUGAAUUGAAGGAUAAAAAGUUGUUAGGUCAGUUACUUCUUUUGCAUGUGCCUUCUUACCGCGUGCGAUGCUUUGUCUGAUAAGAUGUUUUUGAUUUGACUGAUUGAUUGGUCUUUGCUUUCCUUUCAAUUUUGGAAAAGUUCGUAAGCUUACCAAAUUAGCCCAGACUGUGGUUAUGUUGUGCUGGCAGCAUCUAUUACCGUAGUUAGGAUAUGGUUACGUGGAACACACCAAAUGACGAGUGAAUCAAGUCGUUUUGGUUUUAUUGACUUGACAUGUGGGUCUGGUUGCUAUUAACACCAAGAGAAUUAGCACAUGAAUUUGAUGGAAACUUUCAUCCUCUUUCAUGUUAGUCCGCUGAACAUUGACAAUUUCUCUCUACUCAUGCCUUUUCUUCGUGCAUUUUGCUGACGAACAGUUUUAUUCACAUUGAAAGUUCUGGAUUUAUUACCAUGGAUUAAGAAAUUCGGUAUCUUGGAUACUGCUGGAACUGUUCAUUGGUGGAAUCCACUACAGCUUGAGGGACCUACAACGUACGCCAAGCUCUGCGCGUCUGGUAUUUUGCCAAGUGAAUGCUUACUGCUCAAGAUUUGGAGUCACUGCAACUUUGUAUUUUGUGGGACACAUGCUUUGAUAUUCUCCUUGCAUGAUUGAUUUCUUAGUAAUGAGAGACUGGCUCUCUGGAGAACUUCAACAUUUUUGACGUUUUCUUGUAUGACCACCGUGAUUGAGAUGUUAUUGAUGCUAUAUGGCAGUAAAUCUAUAUAUAAAAAAAGUACAGUAAUUUAUUUGAGUCCA